AUGCUGAUUGUGGCCGUUAGUCCCACGCGGAAAGCAGUUCAAGACACUGUCGUCAUGCUUUUCGGAGAGCCAGUCGGUUCCACAAUCCUGGUCUUGCCCCACGACCAACGCCCACAGUGCCGUUCCGGUGUUCCAUAUCAUUCAUAUCCAUCAAUGUAUCGGUUGACCUUCUUGAACCUGGCCGUUGCUUCUUCAAUCUUCAACCAGGCGAACCGAACUGUCGGCGGAAAAUGUUUGGAUAUUGAAAUUGAGGACGCGUCUUCUCGAGUCGUGCAGCUUUUACAAACAGAUAGCCGAGCGGUGCGUCAACAGCGUCUCCACGAGAAAGACGAGGGGGGCAAGGCCCAGCAGGAUCCGGAACUCCCGGCAGCACUGCUUCCUUUGCUGUCUCAGCUCUGGUUACCUCUCCUUGUUGGCAUGGUGCUCUUCGGUUUGAAAACCUCAACUACCUCGAGCACCGGACCUUCCAAGACGCAAGUUCCAGCGCUGACAGGCCUUCGCUUCGUGACGGCUCUCUGGAUCUUCGCCGAGCACUCGUCAAUGCAACCGCUUACCGGUGGUGGGACCUUCCUUGUCCUUUCAGGUUGCAUUUUAAGCAUGUCGCGCAUCAGGGCAGGGGCUGAUGCCGACAACUUCCUUCUAAGCUCUCCAAUCACGGCCGGUCGUUUUCUGCUGAUGCGAGCAGCGAGGCUGUAUCCUCUCUACUUUGUUGUCCUGAGUUUGAGAGAUGUUUGGCAUGCGGCACUGUCAAAGCCUGUGACAGCUUUCUCCUUGCUGCUACAACCGCUCCAUGUCAUCCGGCAUUGCAUCAGCACCUUCGCCUCGUUGGCCGUUGAAAAUCCUCGGGAAGUAUUGCUGCUCAAUGGGAUACCUGGAACAGUGUCGACGUACUGGUUCAUGCACACAGUCAUGUUCCUCUACGUGCUGUAUCCGCUCCUUGAGUACUGCUUGCUGAGACCAGCAACUUCCGGCACGAGGCUCCUGGCGGUGGGCGCUGUUUGCUGUCUGGCAAAGUUGUUGAUCGUGGGCUGGGCAACCUCCAUUCUGGCCAAAGGCGGCUUUGAGGUUGGGGAUUACUGGUAUCAGCAUGACUUGGGCUUCUUUGGUCGUGUACCGUGGUACAGCUUUGCGCCAUUCCGCCUUCCGGACUUCGCUUUGGGUAUGCUCGUCCCUCACGUUGCCAAGUACUUUUCGCCUGGCAGUGUGGCAGUGAAAGUGGCAGACCUGCUCCUGAUUCUCUACGUCGUCCUUGCGCUCGUGCCGAAGAACAGCUAUGUUUACCUAUGGACGGAUCUAGACUUGCAAUGCCCCCUCAUGGCUUUUGUGAUGUGGAGUUUGUGCUUCGGCCGUUGUGAAAGCAUGUUAGGACAGUUGCUUGCAAGCAAGUGGUUGGUGGAGUUCGGCACAGUGGCUUACGGGAUUUAUGUCUUUCAAGAGCCGCUGAUGACAAUGAUGGGAGUGUAUUACCCGGGUGAUGUGGACGGGCUUCCUGGCACGUGUCGGCUGCACAACACCUGCUUCCCGUGGUUUCAAUACACAUGGAGGGGGUGUUCCAGCCUAUGCAUGACUUUUUUGCUGCUCCUCGCAAUGGCAAUCUCUGGCUUUUAUCUGGUUGAAGAGCCGGCAAGGAAAGCUGCCUUUUCGUUAUGCAUUUCACGAGAGUUUAAGUUGAGAUGGCUUCAAGCUUCGGAUGUCAUCCGUAGUUUUGUCCAGAUGAUCACGUAUGCCUGGCCUAUUCCACUCUCCAUCAGCUUGGUGAGGAUGUGGGGACUUGGUCCAUUAGCUAGUGGCUUCUUUCUGUCCUUCGACCAGAUCGGGAACGUCCUGGGCAUGACCUUGGGGGGGCGCCUCCGCGAAGUUUCUUGGGAGACAAAGCGGACAUUCAUCGUCCUUUGCCCCUUGUCCGCGGCUGGCUUCUCGCUGGUCUUAAGCUACGUCGUCUUGGAAUCCUCAUCCGACGCAUUUGUUGGUGCCUGCCUGCUGCGGCUUGUGAUCGGGCUUCUUCAAGGGCUUGCGCUAACAAACAGCGUUGUCACCAGGCAGCUCACACCCGGGGAUGAGCAGGUGAGCCUGUCCAUGUGGGUCAAUCUGGCCUGGACCGGUGGUGUUGCUGUCGGUGGCGGGUUAGCCUGGGCAGCGGCUGAGGUGAGUGGGACUCGCCGUGCAGAGGCCGUUUCCUCCGUCGGCCGAGCAGCUGUUGAAUCUUCCCAAUGCUGUGUGAUCUGCAGUGUCCUCUUGGUGCUGACAGCUUGCCUUUUAGCUUUUAGCUUACCAUCAGCUCAUCAGGAUCCGGCACAGCAUGAGCAGUCGGUGGAAGAGGAAGUGCUGACGAAGCCGAAACGGAACAACUCUUCCUCGGUUGCAAUGUGGGGAGUUCUUUGCAUUUUUAUCGCUGCCGUCGAAUACACCGGGGUGGAAGUUGCAACUUCCAUGCUGUUGGAAACGCAGUUCGCCUGGCCUGUAGAUUCCAUCAGCGCCGGUGUGGAUGUAGUUUUUGCAUUGGCAACCAUAGGCAGUCUGGUGCUUUUGCCCCUGCGCAGCAGUGGCUUGCUAAGUGAUCGGCAGAUGCUUUAUGGAAUGGGCUUGAUUGCCCUGGUUGCCAGCUUUGCCUUUUUUGACUUUACGAGGGGCCCGUUGGCCCUUCUCACAGCCGAUGUUGCGAUUUACACAUGUGUGCUCUGUGCUGUGGGGAUUGCUGAAGGAUUAACCUUCAUGCAGAUUACACCCAACGGCUUGCAAGCCACAGAGAAGCUCGUUUUCUACAUGUACAUCGCCGAUUCUCUGGGCAAAGCCACAGCGCCACCGAUUGCUCGAUGGAUUCUUGGCACCCACGGCCGGAACGUCUACGCAUUGUACCAGGUCACCCUCCUAUUGCUGAACGGUUUCACAACUUUGAAAAUCGUGUAA